AUGGAGAUAACGGUGGCUGCAGGUGACUGCACGUGUCAUGAGGAAGAAGAGCUUGUGAAGGGAGGGAAAAUUGUGAAUUGGAGGCCUAGAAAAGGCUGUUUGGCAAGGAACGUUUCUGAUGGCGAGUCUCACCAGAGUAGAUUUUCUCAUUGCCCUUGCUGUGAAAGUGACACUACUCAUUCAGAUUCCUCGGGGUCUCCUAGUAAAUGUCUUCGUGACUUUGAUGACUUCCAGAGUGACUUUGAGAACUGGGAGUUGGAUGACGAAGCCUGCAUUGUAUCUUUCCCUGAGCUGAAAAUUGAUUCUCAAUACGAGGAAGAGGACUGGGAUAAAGAAUUGGAGGAUGCUGAAUGUAAUCCAUACGAUGCGGAAGAUAUCGACUGUGGUAGUCUUCAGGAAAAUUGUCUAUUGGCAUCAUGUGCACGGCAAGAAGAAUCAUUGUAUAACCCCAGGUGUCACCAUGCAGCUCCACUCUCUCUGAGUUCGCCAAAUAGAAUGCCUGAGGUUGGCCAGUUUGAUGAUGCAGAUGACUGAGGUUUGCCCCUGUUCAGGGCCAUGCUUGGCAAAUUGGACUUUGCUCCAUUGCAGGGAUGCAAUGCAAUGUGGGGUGCCUUCUCCUAGCCUAUUGGGUUCCAAACAGGGCUUUUCUGAAAACUUUCUUUGAUAAUAUUAUUGAGCUGCAAAUACACUGAUCAUGAUCGACUGGAAGGAAGCAGAGAGGAUCUCAGACUGGACACUAACCCUAGCUUUGUGUCCCAUGAGGAGAAGGUUGGUUGUUCUGGAUAUGAAACAGCCAUGUGGACAGCCUAGAGGCCUUGUAAUGCCGCUCUGGUAUAUGUGAGAACACUGGUUCAGUGGAAUACAAUAGAGACCAUCACCUGAAGAAGAACCAAGAGUGAUUCCCGCUCUGGUUUCCUGCUUCUUAAACCAGAAGAGACUGCAAGGACUUUGUGUUGCUCUGCAGCACUCCUUCUGGCUGAA